AAGGUCUGAAACUGAGAGGUUUGGUUAGUCUUCUGCUAAUGUUUCUAGGGAGCGCAAGCCGCCUCCUAAUUCAAAAGUUUUGUUUGUUGUACUUAUCUAUUUACUCAAGUUGUGCCUUGCUUUUUUUUUUUUUUUUUUUCUUGCUUUUUAGUUUUUCUUUUUCGCUUUUUUCCCUUCGUCUAUCUUCGGCCAAGCAGGCCAAGCGAAAGAAAGUGCCGGUGUUGCCGUGUGGCGGUAUUUCUUGCGGUUUGGGAUUGCUAUUCAGAAUUUUAAAAGUUUCUUGUUAUCUUCGUUUAGCAGUAGUAACAACGAGAAAGUGAUGGAAGCGCUGACGUUGGUAUCCAGUAACAAGUGCUUUGGCGGUCUGCAAAAAGUGUACAGUCACUUUAGCUCAACGCUGAAAUGCACCAUGAAGUUUGCUAUCUUUCUGCCUCCGAAGUCGGAGGCGGCUCCCGUUCCUCUGCUCUACUGGCUUUCCGGACUGACCUGCACCGAACAGAACUUUAUUCAGAAGGCUGGGGCCCAGAAAUACGCCAGCGAACUGUCCCUGGCGAUCGUUUGCCCCGAUACCAGCCCACGUGGGUGCAACAUCGAGGGAGAGGAGGACAGCUGGGACCUUGGCACUGGCGCCGGGUUCUAUGUCGACGCGACGCAGGGAAAGUGGAAAGAGAACUACAAAAUGUACUCUUAUGUCACGAAAGAGCUUCCAUCUCUCAUGGAGAACUUCCCAGUUGACACCAAGAGGCAGGGCAUUUUUGGACACAGCAUGGGCGGUCACGGCGCCCUCACCUGCGCCUUGAAGAAUCCCGGCAUGUACAAGAGCGUGUCUGCGUUCGCCCCAAUCUGCAACCCCGUCAACUGCCCCUGGGGCAAGAAGGCCUUUUCCAACUAUUUGGGCGAUGACCAGAAGGCCUGGGAAGAGCACGACGCCACCUGCCUCGUCCAGAAGUACAGAGGCCCUCCCCUGAUGCUCCUGGUUGACCAGGGAACGGAAGACGGUUUCCUGAAAGACCAACAGUUGCUUCCGGAAAGUCUUUUGGAGGCCAGCCAGAAAAACGGUGUUGGGAUCACGCUCAGAAUGCAAGAGGGGUACGACCACAGCUACUUUUUCAUUGCAACAUUCAUUGAAGAUCACCUCAAGCACCAUGCAGCUGCCUUGUGAAAGCCACGUGGGAUUGGUCUUAUAAUGCAAAUGUGGACAAUAAUAAUCCAGAUAACAUUCUGAAUAAAAACAACAGCUGCGGCUGAUAUUGUGUCCUUUCCAAAAAAACGAAAAA